AUGGCAUUCCGAAAGUUGAAACGGAUGGGAUCCGUCGCUCAUGGAGCUCUGCUUGGAAACGACUCUGAAGUGCCCUACCAGAAACCUCGCAAGUUCCCCGCGUGGAAGGUGAGCGUGUUCUACGGGAUCGGGGUCGCCGCCUUCGUUCUCGCAACGAAUAUCGUUGUGUUGGCCUGGGCUAAAGCUACGUUGCCGCUCGACAACGGUAUCGCAAUUGCGUACACCAGCUCGUGCAAGACGUCGAGGAGUGUUACUGUUUGGGUAGAUCUCGCGAUCAAUAUUCUCAGCACACUUCUACUAGCGGCAAGCAACAACUGCGCUCAAAUACUGUCGUCGCCGACUCGAGCCGACAUCGCCAGGGCCCACGGCCGGAUGAAGUGGCUCGACAUUGGUGUACCAAGUGUUCGAAAUUUGCGAAUAAUUCCUGUAUGGCGCUCCAGUUUGUGGAUCUUGCUGUUCGCCAGCUCGAUCCCGCUACACUUAAUGUACAAUUCCUCCAUUUUCAGCUCUCGACAAUCGCACAACUACAACGCGUUCGUGGUGACUGAGGAUUUUCCCAACAUCGAUAUAAGUCAUGCCAGCGGUUGGAUCAGCGGGCCAAUUCUCCAAACAGCAAAGUUGCAGCGCAACUUUUCAGGCCUCGUUAGGAUGAGUAACGCCGAGUGUCUGCGGAGUUACACACAGUCCCAGUUUCUGACGGACUGGCACAACCUUCUGAUCAUCACUAAUGCCAAAUUGCCGUCCGGGAAUGCGAUCGCGAAUACAUAUUCUGGCAAUUGGACAACUACCAGUGGAGCUCCUGACUGGCCGUGCGCCGGCUUUAAGACUACAAUAGAUGCCUUUCGUUUCGAGCCUGAGCAGCAUUUCCUCGCAGACUCCUUCGGCGUAUCGUCUAUGUUCGGCCUUGUCAAUAAAACAUUGGACAGCGCCAGAACCGAGCUAACGGCUUGCGAUGUGUCGAACUUGAUCAAUAAUGGGCCCUCUUGGACGCUUGCUCUGGCAAGUCAUUACAAUGUCACAGGGCGAUUGAAAGCCGCCGAGGUUCAGUACUGUCUAGCAGAAGCUGCAGACCGAUCAUGCUCAAUCCUCAUCAACACCACUCUGGUAUGGGUUGUGAUUCUUUGCAACGCAAUCAAGAUCUUGUGCAUGGUCACCACAACCUGCAUUCGCGAUUUUGUACCUCUCGUCAAUAUCGGGGAUGCCAUCGAAUCCUUCCUCACUCAGCCCGAACAGGAUACCGCCAGGCUGGGGCCGAUAUCCGCUUCGGAUGCCUGGAAGGGAAGACCAGCGCAUCGCAAACAUGUCGAAAUUACGCGCACGGUAAGGGUAGGACGUUCGAGGGCAAAUGUGGCGAGUCGCGCGAGAUGGACAGUCUGCAUCAUAAUAUGCAUAGCGCUCGUGGUCAUAGGCCUUGGGCUCGUUAUCUCAGGCAGUGACGAGAAGAGAGUCUGGACCUUUGCAACCUUCAAUCCUAACAAUCUGGUCCGGUUCAGUCUCGAACUAUCCGUGACUGCUAAUGUCAUCCUGGCCAAUGCACCCCAGCUAGCAAUCAGCUUCGCCUAUAUCUUUUACAACAACAUCAUGACAUGCAUGGUAAUGGCUGGUGAAUUUGCCAAGUUCGCCUACCGGCGGAAGCCACUGCGUGUAAGCCGACCAAAGGGUCAACAACGCUCGACAUUCUGGUUAUCACUCCCUUAUAAAUACAGCGUCCCUAUGCUGUCAGCCUCCGCUCUUCUCCACUGGCUUGUCGCUCGAAGCCUUUUCUUUGUCCAGAUUGAGGUGAGAGAUCCUCAUGGUGACCCCGUCGCUUCAGCCGAGAACACAGGAAACGACGACUAUUCCGCAGGUUUCACCGGCUGCGCAUAUUCUCCGGGAGCAGCGCUUGCAGCACUUGCGUUAUGGAUCGCCUUCAUCACUACGCUCAUCUUCUACUCCGUCAAACGCCUGCAUCCGGGCAUUCCGGUGGCCGCAUCAUGCUCAAGAGCACUGAGUGCUGCCUCUCAUUGCCCUCGGACAGACAUGGACGCCGCGACACUUCCACUACAAUAUGGCAUUUUCGCCGAAGAGGAUGAUGGCACUCUCUACGAGAAAGUAGGUUUCUCGAGUGGAAGUGUUGAACCGCACAACAGGUGUCUGCCGUACUACCAAUACAGGUCUGGGCCCCAAAGAAGCAAAGCUGUGACGGAAACACACUUGCUAAGUCGAUACUCUGGGAGGGAUGAGCAUAUGGGCCGUUGGAUAGCCCCGUCGGACCAAAGCCAGCUUCUGAAUCCACAGCAAUCUGCCCGAUACACUUCAGCUCGGAGGGAACUGGAGGAGGACUUCAGACAGAGGCUUGGGCCUUAUGGUGGAUCCUCGCAAGCUUCGAGCGUGCAGAUACAGGACGAAGUUGAGCUCAUGCCAAUUUAUUCACCACUAGCAGAAGGCUCGGGGCAAAACAAUGCGUAUCCAUUGAAUCACUUCGUCAUUGUGAAUGGGCAGCGUGUAUUUAACUACAGAUAG